AACACGUGCGGUUAUAAUUAUUUUAUUUUAUUUGCAACUGCAAGUCGCAUUUCAUUUAAAUUCUUUAAAUACUUUUAAAUUAAUAUUUUCUAAACAAAUAAAAUGAAAAUUAGAAAGAAUCACAUUGGAAAACGUUAUCGUUAUAAUGUCAAUAGAAAACGUCUAAACAAAACCCGUUCAAAUACCGGAAAAAUAAAAUGUCCCGAAGUAAAAGAGCAUUGGAAUGAUAGGAGACUACCAAAUAAAAAUUACUUUGACAUGGGCCUGGCUACAGAUGCAAACAAAAGUAUUCCUAUGCCAAGUUUCAGAAAGAGUCGAUUGCGGGUCGCAAAGAUGACAAAUGAUUUUGUGGAAGAAGAUAUCGAUGAAGAACCCAUACCGAAGCCACGUCGAAAAGCUUUUGUAGCAGAUAUUUUGGAAAAGGAGGCAAAUGAAUUUAGAGAACCUAAAUUAAGAUUACCAAAAGGUUUAAUAGCACAACUGUCCUAUUUUCUUGACACAUACAAAUUAAAUUACAAAAAUAUGGUAAACGAUCGGAAGAAUUUCGAUCAAUGGACUUGGAAGCAGUUCCGAAUGAAAAUCCGAAAGUUCAUGUCAAUCCCAGAACAGUUUGAUCUAUACUUAAAGGAGAGGGAGAUCAAUCGAGAAAACUUAGGAACUGAAUAUGAUUCUGAUGGUGAAUAGAAUAAGGAUACAUUUUUAUUGAUAAGUAAAGUGGUUAAGAUUUGAAUGAUUUAUUAUUAUUCUUUUAUUUUUGAUAUAAAGCAAAAAAAAAAACAUUUUAUCAAGAAUCAA